GUGACCUACAGCGAGGCCUUGACCGGCGGCAGCUUGCAGCGUCUCCUGCUCGACAAAGCGAAAUUCUUUUUAAAGUUUGGAGUUGUUUACACGUGACUGUGCCUCUCCCUGGUGGCGCAGGAGAGGCUUGAUCCACAUUGGCUGGACGCGGUCCCCGGGGGGCGGGGAGGGUUUGAUGUCCUCAUGCGACAAGCGAACUAUUUUGAGGACUGGCUGCCCGACAAAUUGGGUGAAGACGCCAGCCGGCGGCAGGACGAUUGACGGCGGAGCGUCCGUGGAGGCGGCGGUAAAGAGGCAGAGUCUCACAGCCCCACUUUAGGGCGGGAGGGCGACCUGUGGCUCCCCGCCGGCGUGUGGGCGAGGAGGCCGCGCCAGUGAGCGGCGCGCGGUGCUGGGGAGGAGAGGAAGGCCCAUCGCUCCGCCACUUGAGCACCUGGCACCCACCUGCCCAAGGCCGCGCGGAACGUGUCGCCGCGCGGCCUGUGACACCACGCUGGGAACGAGGACUGCUGACGAGGCUCGAGUGACGGAGGCCUGUGGUGGUCAAGAGCGAGCUAGUCAGGAAGCAGGGGAUGCAGGAUACCCGGCGCGGGGCGAGGCGAGCCAACACAGACAAGGUCCAGCGGUGCGUCUCUGGUGUCGGCGGUUCCUCUGGCUUGCGUGUUGAACCAAAGUAAAAAAAGCGUCGCGGAAAGUUUUUCCCCGAAACUCUUGGUGAGAAACAAUCAUUGUUCUAUCACGAUUUUGCUUUAGUGGAAACACUCGUGCAGUGCACCUGUUGCUUCUUUGACAGCCAAGACCAGACCGCCAAAUGUGAACUGACCUGACAAGCGCCGAGCUGUCGCCACGCUUCGGGUCUUCCUGGCAAGAACAGCGCCGUCACUCCGCCAUGGAUGACAUGGAUGACAUGAGCGACAACCUGACGGCGAGAGCGGAGGAGGAGGCCGAGAGUUUCCUGGGCCACGUGGGAGGCGGCAGAGGCAGGGUGCAAGACAUGAACGGGAGUGUGACGUCCUGGAACGGUACGGUGUGGGUGUACCCGUGGGGCGCGUCGCUGUACCCGUCCCGCUACACCACGGUGGAGGUGGCGGUCAUCACCACUCUCGUGACGGCGGCCAUGAUGGUGGUGGUGGUGGGCAACAUGCUGGUGAUCGUGGCCAUCGCCACCGAGAAGGCCCUCAAAAGCCUCACCAACUGGUUCAUCGCGUCGCUGGCCGUGGCGGACCUGCUGCUGGGUCUGCUUAUCAUGCCCUUCAGCCUAGCCAACCUGCUCAUGGGCUACUGGGUGUUCGGCGACCUGUGGUGUGAGCUGCACGCCGCCAUAGACGUGCUGCUUUCCACCGCCUCCAUCAACAACAUCUGCCUCAUUUCUCUCGACCGCUACUGGAGCAUCACGCGCGCCGUGGACUACAUGAAGAAGCGAACGCCGCAGCGCGCCAUCGUCAUGAUCGUGUUCGUGUGGGUGUUCUCUGGCCUCGUGUCCAUCCCGCCGCUCCUUGGGUGGAAGCAGACCCGCGCCCCGGACCUCUUCCCCAAGUGCACGGUCUCGGACGAGCUGAGUUAUGUCAUCUACUCGGCGCUGGGCAGCUUCUACAUCCCGAGCUGUAUCAUGAUCUUCGUGUACAUCCGCAUCUUCUACGCUGCCAAGGCGAGGGCGCGCCGCGGCCUGGCCAGGAGCAGACCCAUCACCAGGCGUGGCACGCCCUCGGCAGCCCUCUACGCCCACAUCGGCGCCGGCCACCGCGCGGGGCUGCUCACCAAGAAGGUGCUGGUGUACCACCUCAGGAUCCACGAGGACAUGGAGGCCGCCAGUGACGAGGCCAAGGAGGGAGAGGACGCGCCUGCCGAGGCCAAGCAACAUGACUGGGACGAGGCCGGGAAGGGUGUCCGCCACGCCGGCGAGGGGGCAGCCCAGCCACCCAUUGAGCCGCAGGUCCACGGCACCAGCGCGUCCCCAGGAGGCCCGCCACACACCCAGACGACAGACGUGAAAGGCGGCGCCCAGCCCGCUGCUAUGGUGCCUCCACCAGCGGGGGAGCAGCCCCGCAAGGUGCGUCCGCCGCCCAUCAGGACGCUCACCAAGCCUCGCCGGGAGCUGAUUGACGUGGGGCGCGUGUCCACCAAGAUUCUGGACCUUGAGAAGGUCAAGAAGCGGCUGGCUCGGAAGAAAGAGAAGCGAGCCACGCUGAUCCUCGGCCUCAUCAUGGGCUCCUUCAUCGCCUGCUGGCUGCCUUUCUUCCUGCUGUACCUUCUGGGGCCGCUGUGUCCCUCCUGCCACAUCCCAGACUACGGCUUCCACAUCGCCUUCUGGUUGGGUUACAUGAAUUCCGCCUGCAACCCCGUCAUCUACACCAUUUUCAACAAGGACUUCAGGCAAGCCUUCAGGAAGAUACUCUUCAAGUAGAUGGCGCCGCGGCUGUUCCCCUUUGGACAGUUUAUCAACGACUCGCCGCGUACGGGUGUCAGUCACGGUGUUGUGGUGGUGGUGUUGCUUCUGGCUUCCAUUACCUUAAAGUUAGAUUUAAAGGAGUAAAGGGCUAACCCCAACACUGGGUAAAUCUAGAGAAGAAAAUAUGUAAGUGUGCUGGCUAGCCACGAACACUUCCUACCGCUGCUCCCAAGACGCCGCGGUCCGAGCUGGAGAGUCGAGGGGCGGUGGACAACUUGCUAGCUGCUAUGGGACUUCCUGAAAACUAAACGUCAUCAGUGUUCAGUGUCAAUCAUAUCGUUGUUCCUGAGGUGAAUUAUAACCUUGAUCCCUCACCCAGCACUUCGGAAUAAACUGUAAAAGUUAAAUCUGUUUUCUCUCAACCACCAAAAGUGAAUGCAAGAAUGGAAGGACUGGAUGUGUUCCUUUAAAAAAUCGUGUAACCUUUCUGCGACCCUUUCAUGAUACG